CUCUAGUGGCUACUGUUUGGUUCGCAAUUGUUUACAUUUAUUUUUGGCAUAUUUUGGCGAAUUCCCGAGAUUAUUCGACAUGGCUGACGAUCCGGAGAACUCAGUGGACAGGCCCACGGAGGAGGGAGAUGCCAGCAAGCCGGAGAAGAUGUUCACCCUGAAGAAGUGGAGCGUCGUUGCGAUGUGGAGUUGGGACGUCGAGUGUGAUAUUUGUGCCAUUUGCCGCGUUCAAGUUAUGGAUUCCUGCCUUCGUUGCCAAGCGGACAACAAACGGGAUGUAAUGGGUCGACAGGAUUGUGUGGUGGUUUGGGGCGAGUGCAACCACUCCUUCCACCACUGCUGCAUGUCCUUGUGGGUCAAACAGAACAACCGAUGCCCCUUGUGCCAGCAGGAGUGGUCCAUCCAGCGCAUGGGAAAAUAAAUCUCUCCACCUGAAAUUACUUUAUGCUGUAUUUUAAAAGAAUAAUAAAUAAAAAGAUUAAAAAAAAAAU